AUGUCCAUGGACGUGACCUUCCUAGGGACGGGUUCUGCCUACCCGUCCCCCACCCGGGGAGCCUCGGCCGUAGCUCUCCGCUGUGAAGGCUCCUGCUGGCUCUUUGACUGCGGGGAAGGGACGCAGACGCAGUUCAUGAAAAGCCAGCUGAAAGCAGGGAGAAUUACAAAGAUCUUCAUAACUCACCUUCAUGGGGACCACUUCUUUGGCCUUCCUGGUCUUCUUUGCACCAUCAGUCUCCAGAACAGUCCCGGUGCUUCCAAAACUCCCAUGGAAAUCUAUGGGCCUGUUGGGCUUCGAAACUUCAUCUGGAAGACUAUGGAACUCUCUCACUCAGAGCUGACAUUCCCCUACAUUGUCCAUGAGUUGGUGCCCACAGAAGAUCAGUGCCCUGCUGGAGAAUUAAAAGAUUUUUCUUCCCUGGAUAGAACAGACAACAUUCCCAAAGAGAUCCAAGGGAGGACUAUCCUUUUAGACUCAGCAGAAGAAUCUUAUGUACUGGUCAAUGAUGAGCAAUUUCUUGUAAAAGCAUUUCGUCUCUUCCAUCGCAUACCAUCCUUUGGUUUCUCUGUGGCAGAGAAGGAACGCCCGGGUAGACUCAAUGCACAGAAACUAAAAGACCUUGGUGUGCCGCCAGGUCCUGCCUAUGGGAAACUGAAAAAUGGAGUUACUGUCGUUUUGGAAAAUGGAGUGAAAGUUUCUCCCCAAGAUGUCUUAGAAAAGCCUAUUCCUGGAAGAAAAAUCUGUAUUUUGGGUGACUGCUCUGGAAUUGUAGGUGACGGAGGAGUGAAACUAUGCUUUGAGGCUGACCUUUUGGUCCAUGAAGCCACUUUAGAUGAUGCUCACAUGGACAAAGCAAAAGAAUAUGGUCACAGCACCCCACGAAUGGCAGCAGAGUUUGCAAAGUUGUGCAAAGUCAAGAAACUGGUUCUCACUCAUUUCAGUCAGAGGUACAAACCACAUCUCUUGUCUGGAGAGGGAGAAACAGAUGAUAUUAGAGAAUUAAAAAAACAAGCAGAAUCUGUAUUGGAUUUCCAAGAAGUGACUUUAGCAGAGGAUUUUAUGGUGAUUGACAUUCCAAAGAAAAAAACUAUCACCAUUACCUGA